AAAAAAGAGAACUGGAAUUGUUUUGAUCACAUUAUUUGGAUAAAUGUGUUUUAUUUCAUCGUUCUUCACAUUAUGGCCAUAUAUGGCGGUUGUCUUGUCUUCACUGACGCUAAAAUUUUGACCACUCUUUUCGCCGUAUUCCUGUAUCACAUUUCACUAUUUGGUAUAACGGCUGGAGUGCACCGGCUUUGGUCGCAUAAGGCUUACAAAGCGAAACUACCCUUUCGUAUAAUACUCGCCAUUUGUAACUCAAUCUCAUACCAGAACUCAAUCUACGAGUGGGGACGCGAUCACAGAGUGCACCACAAAUACACGGAGACCGACGCCGAUCCGGUCAACUCGUUGCGGGGCUUCUUCUUCUCGCACUGCGGUUGGCUUAUGUGUCGCAAACACCCGGACGUCAAGGGAAUCGGUGGUAAAGUGGAUUUGAGCGAUAUGUUGGCCGAUCCGGUGGUCGCCAUACAAAAGCAAUACUACAUGCCUUCAGUGGUUUUGUUGUGUUUCGUUAUGCCGACUGUCGUUCCCACGUAUUUCUGGUCGGAAAGCCUGUGGAAUGCAUUCUUCGUGUGCGUUAUGUUCCGGUAU